UUGUAAUGUUUUUGUGGAAAGCGACGAUGACACCUUGCUAGUAGUCUGGUUUUAGAAUGUUGAUAACAUUGUGUUACGUGUAUCUGUGGGUGCGUUUCCAGAAAUGCUAUUCACUAGUGAUUCGCAACAGACUUUCAACGAUAAACAGCAAGCGCAGCCUGAGUUUCAUCCGCAGUUCCCGAUCGUCCUCAGUAUCUGUCCUGGCGACGACAGUUGCUCCAACUCCGUGCCAACACUCGCCCGAGGACGACGUCUUCUUGCAGCUGGGAGACAAGUCAGUCACUGUAACGGAACUUAAGGUAUGUGAUGACAUCAUCAAAUGGAAUGUUUUAUCGGAGUCCGCCAUCGUUUGUGGUCCACAAAUAGACAACAUUUCAUUCAUCAUAGAAGCUUCUGGACACAGUGGUACCUGCAAAACACCAAACAAUGAACCUUUACAGGUGCUGAAGUGGUCUGACUUUUGCCAACCUCUGGCUUGCAGCCCUGGUCAGCCAUUCAGGGCAGUAGCUCAGGCCAGUGUUGAAGAUUUCGGUCGGCUGGCUGUAGCUUUUUUAGAGGAUCGCCUACAACUGGAUAAUGGACUUGCGCCAUCAAAGAUUGUCCCAAUUUUCCUCAAUGAAUCAAUUCUUAGUGAGCCAAUUCAAUGCCCUGUGGAGCCCAUAAAUGUAAAGUCAAUACUCUUUGAUGACACUCAGGGAGUAAACGGUCAGCCUUUGCCUUUUCACAUGUUACCACACCUCCAGCACUCUCAGUGCUGUAAAAGUAACCUACCUCUUACCCCUUAUUCAAAGAAGAAGUUAGAAAAACUAAGAGUAUCAGGACCAACUUGCUUCAGCCAGGAUCAAAGUACUAACUCUGAGGAUAAUUUCUUGGGAAAUCAUCACCACAUGGAGAGCCAUGGACACUCUCUCCAUCUGUCAAGCUGCCAUGAAUGUCUGGAGCUCGAGAAUAGCACAAUCCUCUCUGUCAAAUAUAGUUCAGCAGAGAACAUUUCAGACAUCUCUGAUGAUCCCUCACUAUGUCUUGAUAGUGAGCAUGAGACUUUUGAUGACAUUGAACUUGAUGUCACAAGUAAUGUUAGCAAAAGCUAUGGAUUUGAACAUAAACUUCCAAAUGUUGUUGUGUACACAAAUGGUAGCAAAGAGCGUUUUCGAGCAGUUCAUCGUGUUUUAACAGAGUGUCUAAACAUGGAAAAGUACAUUAUAUAUUCCCUUCAGCCACAGCAAGCCCUGAGUGAACCCUGGAUUGAAAAUACUAGGCUCCUGGUUCUCGCAGAGGAGGAAGUGCUAACACCCCAGCUUCACACAAGAUUUUUGAAUUAUCUGAGCCAUGGUGGAAGGGUCCUGGGGCUUGCUUCCUCCCUGUGCCCUGCAGGUAUCUCUCUAGAGAACAGAGACCAACAACCUGGGCAAGUGUGUAGACUAAGCUUCACACGAAAGGACUGCACAGAACUUGAACUGAAUGUGCUGACAACUGGGAAAGUCUUUGCCAGAGAUGUCCAGGGACAAGGGAAUUUGCAGCUCUUGGGGGAGCUCAAAGAUUGUCCUCAUCAGAAGCAUAUGGUUAUCAUCAGGGUAACCCACGGAGAGCAUGGGGGGGAAGCUGUCUUGUGUCAGAUCCACCUGGAAAGCACUCCAGACUUCCAGAACCUGCCAACUGAAGGUUUUGAUGGUUUAAAGGUCAACAAUGCACUGCAACAUCAAGUGUUGGUAGAGAUUUUGACUUCUCUUGGCCUUAGUUGCCAGCAAAACAAAACACCAGCACGAAGUCCAGUUUACCUUCUGGCCACCUCUCAGGAGGCCAAAGCUAAGUUUCUUCAGUGUCUACACACGCAAGUAAAUGAUGAUGGCCUUGUCAUGAUGUCAAAGGCAUCCCUCAGGAUAUUGCCCAGUACUGAGCUACAAGAUGGUGCUUUUCUGCAUGACUGCUCUCUUUCGCUCUUCACUGACACUCCUGAGUCACAGAACUGGGACCAGUUUUGUUUAGAUACCUACUGUAAUAACCUGACAACCGUUCUGCUGGGGCAUACCUUGCUGUAUGCUGAGGUUGUUUCAUCUACCAUGGACCUGGUUGAAGGAUUUAAUCUGCAUUUACCAGAAGAUGUUGGUUUAAUAGUCGUAGCUGCUCAACAAAGUCAUGGCAGAGGGCGGGGAAGAAAUGCGUGGCUUAGCCCUCUUGGCUGCGCUAUGUUCACACUAUGUGUCCAGAUAAAGCUGAGUUCGAGGCUUGGACAGAAGAUUUCCUUUCUGCAACACCUGGCUGCUCUUGCUGUAAUUGAAGCUGUGCUUACACUUCCUGGAUAUGAGGACAUUGACUUGCGGAUAAAGUGGCCCAACGAUAUCUACAACAGCAAACUGAUGAAGCUUGGAGGAGUUCUUGACAUUGACUUGCGGAUAAAGUGGCCCAACGAUAUCUACAACAGCAAACUGAUGAAGCUUGGAGGAGUUCUUGUAACUUCCACUGUCAUGGGUUCAACAUUUCAUCUACUAAUAGGCUGUGGUUUCAAUGUGAGCAACAGUAAUCCAACAGUGUGCAUCAAUGACCUAAUCCAGAAGUACAACAUUCAGCACAAUUGCAACCUGCAACCCCUGAGCUGUGCACAGCUUAUUGCUCGGACAGUCAGCUGCCUGGAGGACCUCAUAGACUGCUUUCAACGCGGCGGUGCAGAGGCAAUCCUUCCACUCUACUACAAGAGAUGGCUUCACAGCGGAGGUCUGGUGCAUCUUUGGAGCGAGGAUGGACCUGACGCUGAGGUGGUGGGUCUAGAUAGCAAUGGCUUUCUUCAAGUCCACAAUAUGAACCAGGGUAUUGUUUCAGUUGAGCCAGAUGGAAACUCUUUUGACAUGCUGAAGAACCUGGUGGUCAUCAAGCAACAUUAGGACCAAAAAUUACCUUGUCCUUGAUAAGAGGGUGCUGUAUUUAUUUCCUUUUAUGUAUUAUUCAAUAUGUAACUAUGUUUUGUUAAUCUGACACAUUUUGGGCAGUAGUACAUACUGUUUUGCUUGAACGUCAGUUUAAAUAAUUUUGAAUACAUUUUUAUUAACAAAGAAUAUCCAUCCUAUUUGUUGUCACAAAAUGUAUUAAAAUCAACCAUCAUGGACAGUGUUAUGUAAUAAAAGCAAAACUAUCUCAAGAAACAAUAUGUAAAUGAAUUUUAAUUUUCUGUCAUGGUGUUAAUAAACCAUAAAUAAAAGAGAGGGUGAUGGU